AUGGCCCUCCUCCACUGGAAAGCAACACUUGCAAGCCCACUACUGCAGAUGAGUUCUUGGCAGGAAAACACCAGCCCCUGCAACUGGACGGGCAUCAUGUGCACGGCUGUUCAACAUGGCCGCCGCAUGCCCUGGGUGGUGACCAACAUCUCCCUGCCAAAUGCUGGCAUCCAUGGCCAGCUUGGUGAGCUCAACUUCUCAGCUCUUCCAUUCCUCACAUAUAUUGACCUUUAUAACAAUAGUCUCCAUGGUGCACUACCCGCUAGUAUCAGCUCCCUGUCUACACUUUUGAAACAUACCCUUCAGCAGAACCAGUUCACAGGGAAAAUUCCUCAUGAGAUUGGUGACCUGCAAAGUCCCAUUCCUGAGGAGAUUGGAAGGCUUGUCAACCUACAACUUCUGCAGCUAAGCAGCAACAACAUAAGCGGCAUGAUACCAAAAAUCAUUGGAAAUAUGACCGAACUGAAUGUUUUGGACCUGUUUGGUUCUCUUCCUAAAGAACUAGGAGAUCUCAUCAACCUUGUUGAAUUUGAAGUACUAGAAGAACUAAGACUCGACUCUAAUCAUCUGAGUGGUGAGAUUCCACCAGAAAUCUACACUUUAGCAAACCUAUAUGGACUAAACAUGUCAUCAAACCAAUUAUCUGGAUCCAUACCUACACAAAUAGAAAAGCUAAGCAAUCUAGGAUACCUUGAUAUAUCUGGGAACAGACUGAGUGGAUCAAUACCUGAGGAACUAGGGGCCUACACAAAACUACAGUCCUUGAAGAUCAACAACAACAACUUCAGUGGGAAUUUGCCUGGUGCGAUUGGAAAUUUAGCAAGCCUACAAAUCAUGUUAGAUGUAAGCAACAAUAACCUCAGUGGAGUGUUGCCACAUCAACUUGGGAAGUUGCAGAUGCUAGAACUUCUGAAUUUAUCACAUAAUCAGUUCAGUGGCAGCAUUCCCUCCUCCUUUGCAAGCAUGGUGAGCCUUUCAACACUUGACGUGUCCUACAACAAAUUGGAAGGACCGGUCCAACAGCACAGCUACUCCACAAUGCCUCGAUUAGCAUUUGACGAUAUUGUAAGGGCAACAGAAGACUUCGAUGAUAAGUACAUCAUUGGAACAGGAGGAUACGGCAAAGUCUACAAUGCACAACUUCAAGACGAGCAGCUGGUUGUUGUGAAGAAGUUUCAUCAGAUCGAAGAAGAGUUGGAUGAUGAAAGAAGAUUUCGCAGUGAAAUGGAAAUUUUAUCACAGAUCCGACAACGAAGCAUUGUCAAAAUGUAUGGAUUCUGCUCCCAUACAGUGUAUAAGUUUCUCGUCUAUGAGUACAUUCAGCAGGGAAGCCUCCACAAGACAUUGGAAAAUGAGGAGCUAGCAAAGGAAUUGGAUUGGCACAAGAGAAUUGCUCUUGUAAAUGAUGUGGCUCAAGCAAUAUCUUAUUUGCACCAUGAAUGCAGUCCACCUAUAAUCCAUCGAGAUAUCACAAGCAACAACAUCUUACUUGAUACAUCCUUCAAGGGUUUUGUCUCGGAUUUCGGCACAACAAGGAUUCUUAAGCCCGAUUCAUCAAAUUGGAGUGCAUUAGCAAGAACAUAUGGCUACAUAGCUCCUGAACUGUCAUACACAUCUGUUGUAACAGAGAAAUGUGAUGUCUAUAGCUUUGGUGUGGUUGUGCUAGAGCUAGUGAUGGGGAAGCAUCCAAGGGAUCUAUUAGACGGUAGUUUGUCGAGCGGGGAACAAGCUAUGCUGGUAAAAGAUAUUCUAGACAACCGGCCGACAACACCAACAGCAACAGAAGAGAAUAGCUUAGCUCUGCUCAUCAAGCUGGCUUUUUCUUGCUUGGAAUCUUCUCCACAAGCAAGGCCAACCAUGCGGGAGGCAUACCAAACACUCAUCUAG